GCUAAUCAGCUCGAUCUUGGACGGAUGACUUGACUGAGCCAGGCCGAUUGCAACAUGAAGCGAACCGGGCGGCCGAUCUUUGACUGAUCGAUAAUAGAGUGUCGUUCCCGUAGUGGGCCAAUUCAUUCUUUCGGGCCCCUUAUUCGGAGAUGGUCGGACGAUGCGUGUAAUGGGGCCGGGACAAGGAGAGUCAGCAGGCGGACAAAUGCUAAGGAUUGACUAAAUGUUAUUGAAGGGCUGGAUGCAAGAAGAGCCGGGAAUCACUCGGCCUGGCAAAAAGCCACGGAGAAGGGUUCCAAGGCGACAAGCAACGAGGGAGCGAAUAGCCGUCGACCGGCUCCAAGGGAAAGAGAUUGAAGCCAAAGGAGCAGGUUUCCUCUCAACCAUGGGGCCAGACCAGGGGACCAGGAGGGGUGGACAAAAGGGCGUUUCGUGCAUGUGUGCGUUCGUUUGUACUUCUGUGCAGCACAAUAAUCAUGCAGUUAGCUUGGGGGGGAAAGUCUUGUGGUGGGUGGAGAUGGAGGGGGGGAGAGGCUCUGGGUCAUCAUGGAUCUCCUAUGGGUCCUUGAUCUGUGCCAGGUGUGCGGUCUGACUUUUUUUUUUUUCUCAUCUUUUUUACUUUUCUUUUUCAGCAUCGGGGCUCCGAAGUGCUUGCGAACCAAGCGAGGAAGGUCUCUCAGCAGGAGCGACAGGAGAUUGCAUGUACCCGGUACCUGGUCAGAAAUUGGAUCU